AUGAGCCUCGAAGAUCGGCCCGUGCCAGCAGCCGGUGAUAACGACCUGCUCGUCCAAGUCCGUUCGGUAGGUAUCUGUGGUUCGGACGUGGCGUAUUAUUUUGGCAAUAGUUCGCUUGAAACCGACGACGGGAAAGGACCCCUUACCCUUGGACACGAAUUUACUGGUGAGGUCGUCGAAGUUGGCAGCGAAGCCGGAAAAACAGGUGAAUUCAAAGUGGGUGAUCGGGUUGUCGUCAAUCCUGUUCAAUCAAAUCCAGAUUCCGUCUGGAGUAAGAAAGGAUUGUCCAACUUAUGUCCCGAAAAACGCGUCUUAGGUGUAGGUGUUGAUGGCGGCUUUGCGGAGUACGCAGUCUCAGACUACCGUUGGACAGUCAAGUUACCUGAAAAUGUAACAUACGAUCAAGGCGCACUAACGGAGCCGCUCGCUUGUGGACUUUAUGCUGUCAACAAUCUCAACGCCGAAGAAGGGCAAACUGCCGUCGUCUUCGGACCCGGUCCCAUCGGUUUGAUGAUGGUGCAAGUUCUAAAAGCCGUGGCUUGA